GGGCAUUGUAACACCUGCAACAUUGCGUGCUUCACUCUGUUUCCAACACCGAAAGCAUUUGCAGCAGACAGCAAGGCUCUUUAUUAUUUCAUUACUGUCUCAUAUACAGGAUUGUUGACCCCCAUUAUUGAAUGAACGACCGCAUUCCACAACCCUAGACGACGAUUGGCAUUUCUGCGGGACUAGAGUCUUUCUGCUGACGUCCUUUGGCCUGCCUCAUAUCAUAUCGGAAAGUAAAACUUGUUCAAUUCAACCUAUAUCAACGUCAUUCCCACUUCGUUCCCCAAAAGGGCGCGCGUGCUUGAGGGUCAGAUCCAGAGCAGACACCGAGGCCGUUCCCAGACAAGGUUCCCAAGCGCUACAAGAAGCCACCUGGCGGAGAACACCUUGCUCUUGUCUUCUGCAACGCCGUUGCAUCUGCCGCUGUAGUUAUGUCACAGACUACAACAGUCGCGGAAUAUCUGUUUACACGCCUGAGGCAAUUGGGUGUGGGCGCAGUGCACGGCGUCCCUGGGGACUACAAUCUUCGCUUACUAGACUAUGUUGUCCCGUCUGGGCUCCUCUGGGUGGGGAAUGCCAACGAACUCAACGCUGGGUAUGCCACGGACGGCUACGCGCGGAUCAAAGGCAUUGGAGCUCUGGUCACCACAUAUGGAGUCGGCGAGUUAUCAGCUAUCAAUGCCAUUGCGUGUGCUUUCACCGAGCGGGCGGCCGUCGUCCAUAUCGUGGGCACACCACCCCGCAAUACGCAAGCCUCCCGUUUGAUGGUGCACCAUACUCUUGGAGAUGGAGACUACCGACACUUCGGCCAGAUGCAAGCGCAUGUCACCGUGGCGCAGACCAAUCUGCUCGAUCCUCGUACUGCUCCUCAGCAAAUCGAUCAAAUUCUGGAGCAAUGCAUAUUACACUGCAGACCGGUCUACAUUGAAGUUCCUCUAGACAUGGUUUCGGCCCCAGUCGUUGCAGAAAGGCUUUCUCACGAGAUCGCGAUCCCAAGAGCUGUCCCCAAUCCUGCUUACGAUGUGGUAUUGGACAAAAUCCUCGAGAAGAUGUAUGCUGCGAAACAACCUCUCGUUCUCGUGGACGGAGAGGCUAGGGCGCUGGGUAUCCUGGACCAGAUUGAAAGAAUCGUGUCUUCAACGGUAUGGCCCACAUUCACGACAACGUCCGGGAAAGGGCUCAUCAACGAGACGCUCCCCAAUGUGCAUGGUAUCUAUCGCGGCAGCUUCGCAGAUGCCGGGACAAAGGCUUUCAUCGAUGGCUCAGAUCUGGCUUUGUAUUUUGGACCUCACCUCAGUUCGACUAACACUUACAACUGGACUGGCGUGCCCCAAUCAGCUGUCACCAUCUAUUUUACUUGGGAGGGUAUCAAGAUUGGUGACAUCCUCCAUCGAGACAUUUCGCCAGCAUAUGCGCUCGCCCAAAUCUUGCAGAAAUUAGACUUGACAAAGCUGAAGAAAAACGACAGCUGUCAAACUUUCCCUAGUGAACAGCUUCUAUCGUUCUCAGAAGUGUCCAAGGACGAGCGGAUCAAGCAAGACAAAGUCUGGCGCCUCAUCACGCCCUUCUUGCGCCCAGGAGACAUUGUCUUUGGCGAAACAGGCACUGCAGGAUAUGGUGUGCGAGAGAUGCUCCUACCCAAACAUACAAGACUCUUUACCCCUAUCACCUGGCUUUCUAUCGGAUACAUGCUACCGGCUUCUCAGGGCGCGGCACUGGCUCAGCGCGAGUUGAUAGCCUCGUCAAAGUACCACGAUCUUGCACACGCGCGAACAAUUCUGUUCAUUGGCGACGGCAGCCUUCAGAUGACAGUCCAGGAGCUCGCCACUAUCAUCAGACACAAUCUCAACGUGAUAGUAUUCUUGAUCAAUAACGACGGCUAUACAAUAGAGCGCUGUAUUCAUGGUUUGGAAGAAGGUUACAAUGAUAUAUCUACUUGGCGCUACCUGAAAGCACCCAGCUUUUUCGGGGCUCCGGAAAAUGCCUUCACUGCGUCCACCAGGACGUAUGGCGAGCUCGAGCAGGCGCUAAAUCACGAGAAACUCGCUGAUGGAACAGGUUUAAGAAUGGUGGAAAUUCAUAUGGAUCGGUAUGAUGCGCCGGCUGGCCCGCUGACAGCGCUCCUCAACCAGCAAAACCAGCCACAGGGUGUCAAGGUGUGAUAUGGACGAGAUAAACAGCAAGUGAGUUGGUCGAGCCAUUCUCGUCAUUCAAAUAUCACCUCAGCAUUCAUUCAUUCAUUCUUCU